AUGAGUCGGUGGCGGCGCUCCGUGGACGAGCUCGCGGCGCGGGGCGGCGGCAGCAGGGCGAGUGUGAGCGCCGCUCAGGAAGCUCUCACCAAGGUCACUUCCUGUUUCCAGCAGCUGGCGGCGUCGCUCGGCAGCUCAGCUGAUUGCAGCUUCCUGCGAGACGAGAUGGACGAGACGAGAUCGCUCGCCCAUCGGAUCUGCUGCGGUCUUUCCCGCCGCUUACUCCGCCUGCUGGCUGAUGCUGACCCCGCCCCCUGCCGUGUGGAGGACCGGCAGGUGUUGGAGCGCCUCUGGGUCCUCUUCCUGUCUGCCUUAGAGAACUUCCUGUCUGACCUCCGGAAAGCCAGAGACGUGAUUGGACGAUUUCCUCUGACUCAGCGCCACGACCGACGCUUGCUCAUCAACACGGGGUGUGCUGAUGGCGUGGUGGGCGUGGCUUCAGUCCAGGUGCCUUGGCUGAACUUGGAGGCGGAGCUGAAUCCUGAUCUGACCAAUCAGAUCUCAGGACUGGAGGCCAUGCUGAGUGAGAUACAGCUAAGGUUGAAAUAA